CAAAGGACGUCCACAAGCCAGGUACAAAAUGGUGCAAAGAAUAUUUUUAUUGUGCCUCCUCAGCUUGGUGGCACGGGCUCUAGCCAGCAGCGAUGACAAAUUUAUUAAGAAAUAUGCAAUGAUGAAGAUUUAUGAAAGCUGUUUCGGUCCAGAAGUAGUGAAACAAAUUCGUAAAGAAAUGAAAGAUGCUUACGCGAAGUGCUCAUCACCGCCAUCUUUUGACGAGCCCCCGAACCCGCACAAUAUACCGUCUAUCUUAUUAGGAAAAUUACCGCCUGGUUUUACAAUGGACCCGAGUACGCAAACCAUCACUAAGCCGACAGAUGGCGCUAUUCACGGUCACGAAAAUGAUUUAUCUCAUGAUCAACUUCAACCACAUAAAGUGACACCCUUAGCUAAUAUCCUCCCGUUCAGACAAGGGCCAACCUUCCAACCACCAUCGCCCUACAUGAUGCCAGGACAGUUCCGACCGUUCGCACAGCCCUACUAUCAGUUCCCGUACAACCCCAUGUUUUACCCUGGAAUGCAGUACAACCCUUACGCGUACCAGCAGCAGCAGCAACAGCAGUAUCCACACGGAUUAUACCAGCAGCCUUACUUUGGAAACAGCAGGGUGUCGAGAGAUUUGGACCUUCGCGACCGUCUUGAGAUAGUAUCACGCGGUCCGAACGCUGGUCGAGUUCGUAACAUAACAUGCGUUAUGCAAGAACUUGGAUACAUCGACCACAACCUCGAGCCGAACUAUGAACAGAUCACACAACGCAUUGCCAACCUGCCCGUGUCCAGCGAACUCAAGGGAGACAUACAAGAUGGCCUUCAGUUCUGUCAGAAAUUCUCGCAAUGUGUGCCAGAUAUCAAGCGGGACGUAGCUCCAUUGUCCCAAGAACUUAUUAAGCCUAUGUUUUUCUUCCGCUGUUAUAAGCACAAAAAGCUAGAAGCUUGCAUCAUGAAAGACAUUCGAGAACGUUUCACAAGCGAAGACGAAUUGGAUACGGACGGUGACUUUAGGUCUUUACCUAGGUCAGCCAGAUCAAUCCGAGAGGAACCCCUGAACGACCCAAGACUUGAAGCGCUCGACGAAAUGGCUGUGUACUUGUACGACUACCUCAGCGGUGGAAACGGACUUGAUUAUGACUUAUAUCUGUAAUGUACAAAUGUAUUAUGUAGUUUGAUAUAUUAAUUUCACUAUUAUGUAUGAAGAGGCUUU